AUGGCUUCGGGCCGCACCUGCGGACCCCGAAGCGCCCCCACCCCCAGCGCGCGCCUCCACGACGCGGCCACCGAAACUGUGUACGCCAGGCCACCACGCGUGCGUCCUCGACCCCGUGUUCCUCCAGUCCGCAGCCCCCGAGCCCGCGGCCCCACUACUAAAGUCCCCACGAACGGACCCCUCUACACCAAAUCCCCCGAGUCCGAGCUCUGGGAUCCCGGGUUCCCAGUCGCGCGCCCUCGAUACCAGGUUCCCUCCACACGAACCCCCCACGCACGCGCCCCAAGACCCCCGGUCCUGGACGGGCGCGCGCGCCAGCAGUCCACCCGCGGUCGACCACGUAAGCCCCAGGAUCCCCCGGGUCCCGGACUUGUAUCGCGCGCCCGUCCACCCGCGCCCGCGCACGGCUCCCCAGGACAGGCUUCUAAACCUGGUGCUCGCGGACCCGCCUCCCGGCGCCGACCCGCAACAAUGGGGAGCCCGCGGGGCUGGAGUCCAGCCCGCGACCCUAAGCGCGCACCUGCGAGCCAGGGGGUGCCCGAACCCGCGCUACCACUCACCUCUGCCGCCCUCUGUGCGCCCGACCCGGGACGCCGCCCGUUCGACUGCUCGCUCUGCUCCGGCGCCUGCCUUUCGCGCCGCCGCCGCCAACGCUGCUGCUGCCGCCGCCCGGGCCGCGCCGCAUGUCAGCGCCCCGCCGCCGCCGGCCGCACGCGGCAACGCCCCGCCCCGCCCCGCCCCGCAGCGACGCGCGGCCCAGUGCCGGUAGAGGGGGAGCGGAGAUCGGGCGGUUGCCAAGAGACUGGAGGCUCUGACGCGCGCGCCGGUGAGGCCGUCGCCAUGGCGACCGCGGGCGGUGACGUCAGGGUCCGGGCUCCGCAGCCUCCUGAGACUACCGGCGCCCCCUGCCGGGUGCGGGACACACUGCUGUGA